AUGAUGUUGCCGGAUUGCACUCUCUCCCAUUUUAGUGCAUGGAUUUACCAACUUGCUGAAGCCGCCAACGGGGUGCUAGUUCCACAUACUCAAACGCCAUCUGCAGAGAGCAAAGGUACCAGUCGAUUUCGAGAGAUCAAACCAAAAUCCGGAUUCCUUAAUUCUCACUCACAGUUUGAUGCAAAUAAUAACGAAUCAAAACAUAAGUGCUACGUUUGCCAAGGAAGUUGUAGUUCAGUGGCUGUAUGUAAACAAUUUCAGCAGCUCAGUCGAACCUCAAAGUGGGGAACGGUAAGAGAAUACCAACUUUGUAGAAGAUGUUUGAAGAAACACAAUAUACGGAAUUGCCCUUUAACAUCAGUUUGCGGCAAAGACAAUUGCACCUUCAAACAUCAUCCGCUAUUGCACAAUGACCAGAACAACGUGGAGAAAUCGAUCAAGAAAGAAAUUCAAGAGGUGAAAGGAAACGUUUCGGUCCAUAUGAAAAGCCAUUGCAACGCUCAUCGUAACAAUUGUGAAUCCACCCUAUUUCGAAUCGUACCAGUGAUCCUGUAUGGAAAUGGAUCUCAAAUUAAGACUUUCGCCUUCCUGGAUGAUGGUUCGUCCUUGACCUUGAUGGACGAGGAACUCGCAACCCAACUUAAUAUGAAGGGUAAACCACAGCCGUUGUGUCUAAAGUGGACUGGCAACACUAAUAGAUAUGAAAACCAGUCACAAUUGCUCACUCUCCGAAUUUCAAGCACAGUACAUGAUGCUAAGAUUUACGCAUUGUCUGAUGUUCACACUGUGAAGAACCUAUCGCUGCCUUAUCAAUCUCUAAAUUUCGAAGACCUACAGAAUAAAUAUGAACAUCUAAAAGGACUACCCAUCGAAUCGUAUGAUAAUCAAUCUCCACGUUUGUUAAUUGGCCUGAAGCAUACAAAAUUGGGACUUCCUCUAAAAUGUCGAGAAGGGAGAACCGAAGAGCCGGUCGCAACUAAGACUCGUUUGGGAUGGCUAGUGCAUGGUAGUUGCUCUCAACAGUUACAUGACGUUGAAUUAAGAUACCAACACCACAAUUUUCACAUCUGUGAAUGCAAUGAUACUGGAUUGCAGCGUCUAGUUAAAGAUUAUAUUUGUAUGGAUAACUUCGGGAUAUCAAACGCAGACAAGGUAUUGAUGCCAACAGAAGACAAGCGUGCGCUGGAUCAGCUAGAUACCAAUACAAUUCGAAAAAAUGGGCGCUACGAAACAUCGCUGCUCUGGAAAUUCGAUGACUUCGCUAUACCAAACAGUCUUCCCAUGGCAAAAAGGCGACUAGCUUGUCUUCACAAGAGAAUGAAGAGGGAGCCGCAGCUGGCUAAAUCCCUAGACGAGAAGAUCAAACAAUUUAUCAAAAAAGGGUAUGCUAGAAAGCUCACAAAAGAAGAAGUAACUGAAAGAGGUGACCGCUGUUGGUAUCUUCCUAUAUUUCCUGUUUUCAAUCCAAACAAACCUGGGAAGCUAAGGAUAGUAUGGGACGCAGCAGCGACCGUUCAAGGUGUAUCGCUGAACUCUAUGCUUUUGAGGGGUCCAGGUCAACUUGCAUCACUUAUAGCUGUUUUGUUUAAAUUCAGAGAAGAGCUAGUUGCAAUCUUCGCAGACAUCAUGGAAAUGUACCACCAAAUUCAGAUUCGCAAGGAAGACCAACACUUUCAAAGGUUUUUAUGGAGUACCAGCGAGGAAGUUGAACCUGAGGUGUUAGCAAUGCAGGUAAUGAUAAUGGGAGCGACAUCUGCCUCCGCCAGCGCGCAGUAUGUGAUCAGAAAGAAUGCCGAUGAAUUUUCCGCCAAGUUUCCAAGAGCUGUUCAAUCGAUCAAAAAUAAUCAAUAUGUCGAUGAUCUGAUGGAUAGUACAAGCUCGGAAGAGAAGGCUAUACAAUUGGCUAAAGAAAUUUGUUACGUACACCUACAAGGAGGAUUCUUCAUUAGGAACUGGAUUUCUAAUUCACCUGAAGUCGUAAAAGCAAUGAAAUCUGAACCAACCGACCAAGUGGAUCUUGCUCUUGACGUGGAAAUGGGGACUGAAAAGGUUUUAGGCAUGUGGUGGUGCACUGCAUCUGAUUGCUUUACCUAUAAAAUAAAUGCCAGUGCAGUUCAAUCUGAUAUUCUUUCCGGUCACAAACGUCCAACGAAACGAGAAGUUCUAAGGAUUUUGAUGACGAUCUUCGACCCAUUAGGUCUCGUAGCACAUUUCCUCAUGUACAUUAAGGUACUUCUACAGGAUGUAUGGCGAUCCAAUAUCGGAUGGGACGAAGAUAUCAAAGAUGCGGAGCUAGAAAAGUGGCUGAAAUGGAUUCGAUACCUGCCUGAAAUCGUGAAACUCAAAAUUCCGAGAUGCUAUAUCGUCAAUAAUCCUGAUUCGAGUUCCGAAAUUCAGUUGCACGUAUUCGUGGAUGCAAGCGAAAAUGGUUUCGCCGCUGUUGCAUACCUGAGAAUCGCAAAUGACGAUAAUAUAAACUGUGUCCUGAUUGGUGCCAAAACGAGAGUAGCUCCAUUAAAAAGCUUAUCGAUCCCAAGGCUUGAGCUUCAGGCGGCAGUCCUCGGCGUAAGAUUUGCGAAAGUCAUUACAAAAUCACACACGAUCCGUAUUUCCCAGUGUACUUUCUGGUCGGAUUCAAAAAAUGUUCUAAGCUGGAUUCAAUCUGAUCACCGCAGAUACAAACCUUUCGUUGCCUAUCGUGUAAGCGAAAUAUUGGACUUCUCAGAAAUAUCCGAUUGGAAAUGGAUUUCCACUAAGUUAAAUGUUGCUGAUGAAGGAACGAAGUGGCAGAAAGUUCCCGAGUUUAAGGCGUCCAAUCGGUGGUUUACGGGUCCAGAAUUUUUGAAAACUAACCCGAAUCUUUGGCCAAAUGAAAUACCCCCUGAGAAUGCCACAGUUGAGGAGUUAAAAACAUGUUUUGUCAACCUACAUACGCUGAAUAAAGAAGAAAAUUUUCGAAUCAGUGAUACCUCAAGUUGGAGACGGCUAAUUAGGACUGCAGCAUACUUUUUUCGCUUCAUCCACAACACUAGCAUUAAGAGACAUCAAAGGAAGUCAGGUAUUCUUCAUCAGCAGAGAAAGGGAUAUCUCAGACAAGAAGAACUUCGAUCUGCCGAAGCUGAGUUAUUUCGUGAAGCCCAGACUAGUGAGUAUUGGGAUGAAAUGGUGGACUUAUCCUCCAAAAAAUCCGUUGAAAAGAGCAGCAUACUCUACAACCUGUGUCCAUACCUAGACGCAGAUAAGGUUAUUCGAGCGAAUAGCAGGAUACCUUCCUCUGCUGAUGUCAGCGAAGACGUUAAGAAACCCAUAAUUCUCCCAAGAAAUCAUCCCAUCACCGCGCUAAUCAUCACCGAUCUUCACGUCCGUUUCAACCAUCGAAACCACGAAACCGUUAUAAACGAACUGCGCCAAAAAUUUCACAUCGCUCAUAUGAGAUCUGCAUUAAGACUUGUAAGAAAAAACUGCCAAGAUUGCAAAAAUACCAGAGCCAAACCGCAACCUCCUAUGAUGGCUCAACUCCCACCAGCACGAAUUGCUCCAUUCUGUCGACCCUUCUCAUUCGUCGGAGUCGACUACUUUGGUCCUAUGAAUGUGAGUAUUCUUCGAAGAACCGAGAAACGAUGGGGAGUAUUGUUGACAUGUCUGACAACCAGAGCAAUUCAUCUUGAGAUCGCACACUCAUUAUCGGCAGAUUCGUGCAUUUUGGCUCUCAGAAAUUUUAUGGCAAGGCGUGGCGUUCCCAUCGAGAUCUUCAGCGACAACGGAACAAAUUUCCAUGGUGCUGAGCGAGAACUAAGAGAGGCGCUUAAAGAAGUCAACACUGAAAAACUAAUGGAGACGUUCACGACAACCGAUACCAAAUGGACCUUCAUUCCACCGGGGUCACCACAUAUGGGGGGCAGCUGGGAAAGGCUAGUGAGGUCAGUAAAAACCUCCCUCUACGACAUAGUGCCAACUAGAAAUCCUUCGGAUGAGUUGUUACGGAGCAUGCUUAUAGAGGUAGAAAACAUAGUAAAUUCCCGUCCACUUACCUAUAUUCCCAUCGACGACGAAAGCGAAGAAGCGUUAACUCCCAAUCACUUUCUUUUGGGGUCUUCAAAUGGCAGCAAACCACCCGCAGUAUUCGACAGUGACACUAAAUUACUUAAAAGAAACUGGCUUAUAUCGCAACAGUACGCAGAACGCUUCUGGCAACGCUGGGUAAGGGAGUAUCUUCCGACAAUUACCCGCCGAACCAAGUGGUUUACUUCAGUGAAGCCUAUUGAAAAGGGUGAUAUUGUCCUGAUUGUCGAUCCAAUGAGCCCAAGAAACUGCUGGCCCAAAGGUCGUGUAAUCCAAACUACGAUUUCUAAAGACGGCCAAGUUCGAAGCGCCUUUGUGCAAACACAAAGUGGAGUUUAUGAAAAGCCAGCAGUGAAAUUAGCUGUUCUAGAUAUCAGAGCUGAGAAAGAUGUUAGCCCACGGUCGGAACUACCAAGGGGGAGUGUUAACAACCCUGUGGCAAACGCAGUAUGA